AGUAGCGCAUGUAGCAAAAGUUUGGUGAGCUUCAUUAGCUUGAUCCUCCUUGAUAUUGCAUAUUUUAAUGGCUAUUGAUCGUUCAUCUUCUUUUGUGUUAGCAGUACGAGAGGCAGAUGUAUAUUUUGUUGCCUCUAGACAAUUUAACCGUUGGGUUGACGCUCAAGAGCUCUGUCUCUCGUACAAAGUUGAUCGAUUAGCUAUCGGUACACACAGCUAGGCACAGCGGUGCUGCUCCCGAGCCUCCGCGCAUCGAGGCAAUCAGUAUUGGUGUGGUUUGUGUAUAGAAGGGAGACAGACAAGCCAGAUAUCAUGUUGCCUGUAAAGGUGUUUGUUUCAGCGACGUUAUUGCUUAGCUGCAGCUGCUUAGGUGCGAAACUUCAAGACCCCAGAAACCAGGUGCUGCAGACUACUGAAGUUUUUCAUUUUUAUAUUGAUAAAGGAAUGUUUGACGCGUCAAUAGAUAGCUACGGGCAUACAGAAUUCAGAGCUGCUUUGCUAGGAAAGCCGGACUUACCAAAGUGGAUGUUCCUACGGCAAACCGGCAACUCAAAUAGGGCACUUUUGUACGGUUCGUAUCAAGAUGAUGGGGAACUCAACAUUGAGGUCUUUGCUAUUAACAAGUACAACUACAAGACUUCUUUACGGGUAAUUAGUCUUCAGGUGGAAAAAAGGCCAAAGGAAGCACUUUACGAGGUCGAGAUGAAGUUCUUAAAUCUCAAUAUCGAAGACCUCUUCGAGGGUGACUGGUUAUCUGAUUUAGAAGACAUUUUUCGAGAUCAUUUAUGGAAAGAAAGUCCCGAAAUCUAUGUGACAAAAGUGGCUUCAGUGGUGGAUAUUGGUGGCAGGGUACCUGUCAAUCCUAAGGACAAGGAAGGGAUAGUCGUACGCAUUGGUGGGACAACUAACUUUUCCCAGGAGCUACGCACAUUAGAAGUUGAGGCCAAUCAGCUGCGAAACAGGGUCUCCUGCCCACGUGACUACAAACGAACCUCUGCUGAGUACCGUUUUCGAAGUAGGAGCUUUCUGCCUGACUGGUGUGGAUUUCGUUUAAUAACACUGCCUGAGCAACUAGAUGGCGAAGGAAUGAUGCAGCACCAAGACGCUGCCUUCUCACCCAUCCCACUAGAAGAGGACAGUUAUAAUCCACCCGAUAUGGGACACCUACCUAGAAGGGACUUGCUGUCGGACUUUCUGCUCUCUCUGCUGCUGCCCGGAUUUGUCACGGCUAUGCUGCUCAGUACACUCACCUGCUUCAUGUGCUGCCAGCACGAAGAGGAAAUCCCGAGUACGCAGGUAGAACAACACAGCUCCAUUGAACGUGCCACCAACGCCCUGCGCCAAAUGGCCUCCAAGCGCAACCUCUCCUCAGCAGCCUCCUCUCGGGUCCAUUCUCGUGCUGGUAGCCCUCUCGAUGCUUCGCUUCCACGACCGUCUCGGCAAGGAACACUCAAGCUUCGGGCACUCCCUCCACCACCAUAUUCUGCAGCUCAGAGUGAUGCCUGAUUCUGGAGACCAGUAGGGUAGGAACCCGAGGAAACCUGGUUCAGUGUUUUCCCAGCUAAUCUUCUUUAGCCAAAGCCGUUAACAAACUUAAGACAUUCAUCUUAGCUUUGACUGCACGUAGCUGUGUCUUUGGUACAAGUCGUUCACUGUCUGUUGACACCUGGUGAGCUUCCAUGGCAAGAAAGAAAUGUAUAGGUAUGUCCGAUUUCUUACAACUCCAAAUUUUCUUGUCUCGUGUGUGUGUCAGCUUCAGCAUGAUAGAAAGGUACGUUGGGCUAGUUGGUAAUAUAGCAUUGACACAUUUGCACAGCACUACAUGAACGAGAACUGAUGACAGGACACAAUACAUGUACUGUGUGCAAUAGAACACAGUGCCUGUGUGUUGUCCUCUCAUCUGUUUUCAAUCAUUUCGCGCUGUGAAAAAAUGUGGAAGCUUUAGCAUACUGAUGCUUAAAGCUGCAUUAUGUUAUACCUUACAUUUCUUUCAUCUAAGUUUUUAGCCCAGCUGUUAAUCUUUUUCCUGCUUGAUUAUAUCCGUGUUAUUAAUUUCCCGCUGUGAAAAAGAAGGCAAAUCAUGUUGCCACAAGGUUUGUCAGUGCAAUAUUAAACCCAUUUUUUUCCCUCUAGCUAUAAUAUUGGGAUUUUCUGUGAAAUUAUAUGCAGUGUAUAUUAUAUAUUCAUGGAUGUAGCACAAGACAUCGAGCAAUUAACACGGGGACACACUAAUGAACACAAAAGUAGCCGGGUUUUUCAGUUUCUUACCAUCACAUACUAUCUUAUGUCAGGUAGUAGUUAUAAGAAGGGCUACCUUAUCGAAAUGUUUUCUAUGCAUGCAUGCAAAUUUUUGCUGGCUUGAAUAAAAAUGUACAAAUUAUUGCAAUAUACUUCACACUUCACAGAAGGAAAGCUGUGGAACUGUGUCGAGGGUAGAUUGUGCCCAGUUGUUACCACAGACGAAAGCUCAUUUAUGCAUGUUAACACAUUUGUUGACAACAGUCUUGUAAUAUUUAGUGUAAGGAGAGCACAUUAAAGUGAGUAAGCAAUAAUGCUUGAGCCCACACUAAUUGGACUCCCACUGUUGUAGAGAAGGAAAAAGAAGUAUGAGCUUUUCGGUAUGGGUGGUACCUCUGCUACAAAAAUAAGACCCAUACUUUUUUAGGUUAUCGUUAGGCUUUUUUUUUUUACAAAACGAAAAUGUCAAGGCCAAAGAAUUGUUGCUUCAGUAGCUUAGUUGAUGUUAUUCGAAGGAAUAUUUAAAACCCUGGCACUAGUACUCAUAUCACUUUUUAGUCGUUCACCACCAAAGCAUGACAGAUACAGUUACCAAUUACAGCUGGAGAUCCACUGAAAUCGUAUUCUGUGAAUUUCUAAAGCUGUGAAAUUGUGUGGAGGCCUGCAUACUCUUGUAUUUAUUUAUUUAUUUGUUUAUUAUAGACCUGUACACAUGCUUGUGUGUCCUCCUAAUUUCGGUACCAUUAGCUGUUUACAUUAACAUGUUAUCACACUAGGGCUUCUAUAGUUGCCAAGUCAGUUAAUUUCUUAAAG